AUGCCGCGCCCCUUGGCCAACCUCGUCGUGCACCGCAAGACGGUCGAGCAAACCCCGGCCACCGAGUUCCGCAACCUCUUCACCAUCCAGGCCGCCCUCGUCCGCGGCGACAAGCACGUCACGCUGCACAACGCCAGCAGGGCCACGGAGCUGGACGUGCAGCGCCUCCGCGUGCCCUACCAUCCCAAGAACAGGCCCCACGACCAGCCGUACGAGUGUCUCUUUGGCUUCCCUCCGCGCUCGAGCUCCUCCAAUGGCGGCGACACGACGCAGCCGAAGCGCGUCGACGAGUACAUUGAGAUGCUCAACUGGGACGGCUUCCGGCUCGAAUGGGUCAAGGUCCUGGGCGAGGGCGGCUUCGGCAUGGCCACGCUGUGGAACGCCAUCUUCGAGGACGGCAGCAGCGUCAAGGCCGUCAUCAAGAUCCCCGUCCGGUCGAGCGCAAACUUUGACGGCGAGCUGCAGUGGCAUCUGCGGUACGCGGGCGCCUCGCACGUCACGCAGGCUCUGGACUUGCAGGCCAUGGCCGACAAUGUCCGGCGCAAGAUGAACAGGGGAUACAUGAUCAACCGAGGAGCGAGGUUCAACCCUUCCGACUUGGAGGUUCUCGUUCUGGAGUAUGCUGAUCGCGGGAGCAUGUUUGACUUGCUCAACAGGGCGUCGCACUUUAACAUUGUCUUUUCGAUGAAGGCGCUCUGGGAGAUUUGGGAGUGCCUGGUAAAGGGAGCCGUGUCUGUGGCAUUGCAGCCAGAUGCGAUUCGGCGAUGGGGCCACGAUGGCCUCGACAAGGUUCUCGAGUCGUUGGAUGACCCCGACAACAUGGAUGAGCUUCGCAGGAUCUGUACUCUGAUCGAUAGCCACGACGUUCAUUUUGAUAUCGAAGAGCAGAACGUUCUCAUUGCCGAGGAUGAGCAGCAUGGCCAUCAUCCCAUCUUCAAGCUCCACGACUUUGGCGAGUUCAGCCACAAGAUGAGGGAAAACUGGGCGUUUUGGCCAGAGUCGGAGUACUGGAGACUCAGACGAGUUCCAAAGGUCAACCGCAUCCCCCCUGAAACGAUUGCCAGAGAAUGGGACACCUUUGAUACCGCCAAUCCGGGGCCUUACCAAAGAUUCAUCGGCGACACGUUUGGCCCCGACAAGAAUGUAAGCGCCGGCCGAUACGGCACUUGGACAAACCUCUUUCUGAUCGGCCAGAUUAUGGAAGCAGUCAUCACCAAGCUCUGGGUAAGCCACCCCAUGGUCACCAUGCGAUUCAGACCCUACGACGGGAGAAGCGACGGCCAAACGUACGGCUGGCGCAUAUGCAGACAGGACUACGCAUGGAUCGAAGAAGAUCUCCGCUCCCUGAUCCUCCAGUGCCAGUACGAGAAACCGGGAGAUCGCCCGCCGCUCUCUUACCUCCUCCAGAAGAUUGCCGAGCGCAAGCAGCGAGGCUUUCCCGAGGAGCCCGAUUGGCAGACGCGCCAGUUCUGGGAUCUGUUCUGGGCGAUGCAGAGGCCCAGCCAGUACCCCGAGGACGACAACAUGCAGAAUGUGACCGAGUAUGAGAAUGAUGGGUUUGUCACGGCUGUUCAGGCGCUUCAGCAAGAUGCUCCUCCUCCUCCUCCUCCUCCCCCUGCGCCCCCUCCUCCUCAGAACUUCACGACGAACCCCUAUAGCGCGAACAAUUACGAAGAGACUGGCAAUCCUCUCAUCGCGCAUGUGGCCGCUCUGCGCCUCAAGAGCCGGCGAUCGCCACUCAUGUCUACUUCUGAGGCAGGCCCCAGUGUACGACCUCCUGCACAGCACCACCCCUAUCCUCCUAGUGGAGGCGACCCCUCCGCAUCUGUUCCAGACAUGAGGCUGUCGGAUCUUGCUUCGACCGCUCCUUUGCUAGGACGACCUGCUGCCCAAGGUCCUUCAACAAGCGAGGAGUUUCCGAUUCGGCCCGGGGCGGCGAGGGCGCAGCUGAGGAUGCCCUUUGCCGAAGGCUCUUCCGGUCAGGAUCAGGAGCAGCAGCACCCUGCGCGCCCAUCUGCUCCCAUGUUCGGACGGCCUGCUGCCGAGGAUUGUUCAGGCGAGGAGUUCCCCAUCAGGCCGGGCGCGACGGUGGCGCAGUUGGUACGGCCGCCGCCUGUUGCUGCUGAUACUUCUCCGAUUCCAGACUUCUUCAUGAGACCGACUGCGGAAGGGUUGCCGCUGAGACGACCGCCCGCUGACUUGGGUCCUUCAGGAGAAGACUUUCCCAUCCGGCCGGGCGCGGUGGUGGUGCAGCUGGGGCGAGCACCUGAUGCUCAAGGUUCUUCGGGUGAAGAGUUUCCCAUCCGGCCAGGGGCGACAAUCGCACAGGCGAGGCCACCCACCGCUGAGGGCCCUUCAAGCGAGGUCGAUGGGUCUUCUUCCAGUGAAGAGUUUCCCAUAAGGGCGACGGCGGUGCAACUGGGACCACCACUUGUUGACGAGAGCUCUUCGAGUGAGGAGUCUCCAAUGCGAUCAACGGCGACGGAAGCUCAGGCAGCACCGUCUGCUGGUGAAGGUCCUUUGGGAGAGGAGUUGCCCAUCCGGCAAACAACGGCAACGGCGGCGCAAGUGAGGCCCCCUGCUGACGACGGGUCUUUGGACAAGGAGUCUUCGAUGGGGCCCGAGGCGGCGACUGCGACGACGACGACGGUGCAGCUAGGACAACCUCUUGUUAUUCAACGCUCUUCCAGUGAAGAGUUUCCCAUCUGGGCGACGGGGGACCUGCUGCAAGAAGGGCCAUCUGUCGUCAAAGGCUCAUCAUCAAGUUCCGAAUUCCCCAUGAGGCCCGGUGCCACAGUGGCAGCGACAAACAAGAAGCGCAGCGCAGAGGAAGAAGAAGAAGCCGCCGAAGAGGCAGAGAGCACAACCAGCAGCAGUCCGCGGAAGAAGCAGCGCCGAGUCCGCUUCGACGCUGCAUCGGCGUCUUCGACUGUGACCAUGGGGAUGCAGCCCGUGCAUCUCGCGGAGACGGCAACGGACGAGAGCCCCGGGACCUUGUGGCCUGUUGUUGCCAACACGCCCACGCCUAACCCGACAAUUGCAGUGACUGAAGCUGAGGGCACGUAUGGCGAUCAUAUGAGGAGCCUGCACAAUCAGUAUGAUCCUGGCUCUACCGUUUCGCUGGUUGUGCCGGAGACGGAUAGCAGAGGCCGGGUCAAGAAGGACAGCAAGCGCAGGAAGUUGGCCAAGUUCUUUCGCCUGGAUCGGCUGCGGAACAAGUUCAGGAGGACGCCUUCGCCUCGGGCGGCGGGUGCUGUUCAAGUGGAGAGCACUCCGGAGCUUGGGCGGACGAGUAGAGUGAUGGAUGUGGAUGAUGAAGGGGAGCAGCAGCAUGGGGAGGCCAUGAUGGAUGAGGACGAUGGAGAUGCCGUCAUGGGUGACGCGAGUGCCUCCAGGGACAGGGGGGGUGUAGCCAGGGAUGAGAGAGUCUGGUGGGGAGACGAGCCUAGGGGGGGAGGGAACGCAGGGAAUACAGCUACUGGUGAGAGGAUUUGGUGGUAA